AUGCUUUGCACAUCGGUCAUACCCGGAAUACUAGCGUUGUUGAGAGUCUGGGGUGACAUGGUGGCGAUGGCAGAUAAUAUGCAAAUCGGUCUACCCUUUUCAGUGACCGUCCUGAAAUUUAUCAUCAUGUGGUUCCACAAAAAAGAUCUUGAACCGGUCAUAAACAUGAUCAUAGAAGAUUGGCUCCGGACAAAAACAAUGCAAGAACGAGAUACUAUGAUAAAGCAAGCGAGAAUUGCCAGAAUAAUGGUCAUGUUCGGAUGUACUAUGAUGUGCUUCGCGUGCAUUAUUCUCAUCAUUCCUCCUUGCUUUGGAUAUACUACAAGAUAUCUGACGAAUCUAACAGACCCGGGAAGACCGAUGCUGGUGCAAACGUAUUAUUUGCGAGACAUAACGGAGACCCCAUACUACGAAAUCGUGAUAUCCGCCCAAGCUAUAUCAAUUUUAAUGGCCGCGAUUUCUUACACGGGCAUCGAUACUUUUCUGUGCUUGCUUGUGUUUCACAUAUGUGCCCAAAUGGAAAUUCUCAAAGAGCGAUUUCUCCGUUUGAACAACUUGAAAGACUUUAGUAUCGGAUUAUCUUUCAAUAUCGAGGAUCAUCUUCGUCUCAUUAGGUCUGUUGAUAUUAUCGACAAUACAUUCAACUUGAUGCUUCUGGCACUAUUAGUGUUUUUCGCUAUGUUAUUUUGCCUACAAGGAUUUCUGAUAGUUAAUAUCAUUGGCGGAGAUGGCGAAGGUGUUUCCAUUAUGCGAAUAUGUUGGCUCGUUUCGAUUCUUAUUAAUACAUUUGCUCACAUGUGUCUGUACUGCGUGGUCGGGGAGAUUCUUAUAGCCAAAGGUGAAGGAAUAUUUUAUGCGGUGUAUAACUACAAGUGGUACUUGAGGACGCCAAGUGAAACCAAACAUCUGAUGCUAAUAAUGAUUCGUGCUGAAAGGCCUCUGUAUAUCACCGCGGGCAGAAUGUUUCCUAUGACAUUGUCCAUGUUUUGCAGUUUCUUGCAUCUCUAAUGAAGAACCUUCAAACGUCAGAGGCAAGGGAACUCACAUAAA